AUGGAUUCGCAUAGUAAUAAACAAUAUUUUUCAUUACCAGAAAUUGAUUUCUGCUUUGAUCAAUUUUCCAUUCUGACUUCUCAACACUUUCAAAAGCAAUAUUCCGAAUUUAUGCAGAGCCAAAAUUCAACGAUUCUGAACACUCAAGAAUUUGGUCAUUCUACAAUUCAACAAAAGAAGGAAAUAUUCAAAUCUUCAGUGAAUGGAUACCCUAAAAGAAGAGUUCUCUUUACCAAGUUCCAAAUAAAGGAAUUGGAAAGACGCUUCAGGGACCAGCAUUAUCUCAGUGCUGAAGAGAGAGAAACUCUUGCCGAUCGAAUUGGUCUAACACCUAAUCAGGUACUUCAAUAA